GGCCAACUAUCCGCGCCGGAUCCCAAAAAAACCAUUGUCCUGUCCUGUCCACCGGUAGGCCAACUAACCCUAGUUCCUGCCUCCACUUCCAUGGAGGAACCGCUCCUAGCUUCCUCCUUUCUCCUCCCAGAUGUCGAUGCGGCCGCCGCCACCGCCACCAGCAGCCCCCCUAGCUACCCCGCCUGGGUUCUCCUCGACAAAAAGGCCUACUUCGAGGACGCCGAGAACUCCACCGCAGCUUCAGCAAUAUCAUCGACCGGCCACAUCGUAAAGGUUACCUUCUGCCUCGCGGAUCCGCCUGCCGUCUCCCGCUUCUGCUAUUAUGGCAAUCCCGACCACUUCGUUGGCGAGCCCCGGGUUGUAUCCUCGGAGAAGGACCUCGUCCUCCUAAGUUUCGUCUUCACUGGCGGCCUUCGAAGCACCGAGCCAGAUCGUCAUCACGGCGAGUACUUCAUCUACAGGGCUGGCCGUGUCAAUGGCAUGCCGUCGCUCAGGCCAAUCGGGGCUACUCCUCCAGGUAUAACAAAUACACUAUGUGUCAGCAUCGUGCCCUGUGAUGACGGCGACAAGGGGGAAUUCUUCCUCGCCGAUCUGUCUGUCACAACUACCCUUGGACAGUAUGACCUCGCCAUCUAUUCGUCCAAGACUGAAAAUUGGAACGCCAGGAGAUUAGAGUUGCACUCGUGCUCUGAUCAUAUCAGGGCAGUGGACUUGGUCAUUGUACCUCACAAGGUGAUCUCGCUUGGAGGAGGCUUGGUAGGAUGGGUCGAUCUCUGGCGAGGUAUUGUUGCUUGCAACGUUCUUGAGGAGGACCCCUUCAUCUAUUUCAUCCCACUACCCAAGCCUGAUUUCAACUUGCCCCGGAUCGGUAACCCAAAGCCAGUCCGGGACGUCAUUUGCUACAAUGGUGUUAUCAAGUUUGUCGAGACGGAUCAUUAUUUCAGACAGGAGGUUGUCAGACGUACUAAGAGGUUCAAGGUGACAGAGGAUCUUGAUGGUGUAGAUAAGUUGUACGACUCGGAGAUCCUCCUCCUCCCACAUGAGGACUUCCUACGAGCACCAGGAGAGCAAUUCAUUCGUGUCCCUGAUGGUUGGAAGAUCCGUACAUGCUAUAGGCGUAUUUCUUGGGACCAUUGGCGCAAGGGUCACAGUGUUCAUGUGGAUGACAUCUUAGCCAACAACCCAGAGCAUUCUGUGAUGCUGCCUCAGAUAUUGGAUGGAAGUGGAAAAUCAACAUUAAGGAACCUGACAACAGCUUACCCGACCCUCGGACUGAACGGUGAUGAUGCUGUCUACCUGAUGUCCAAGGUGGACUGUAAUGAUAAUGUUGUCUGGAUGGUUGGUGUUGACCUUGGAAACAAUACAGUGGAAUUACUUGAACCAUAUUGUGCCGAGAGAGCCAGUUAUUUCAUACCAGACUGUGUCCCAUGGGCAUUCUCUGAAUUUCUGAACCCAACUCCAAGGUCAUGUCUUGAGGAAGCUGCUUUUGCAUCAAAUGAGGCUCCGAAGCGUGUGGUGAAUGAUCAUCUUUCAUCAGGCUGUAGUGGAUAUCCUGACCGUGAAGCCCCAGGCUACAUAUACAGCAAUGACCAGCAUCAACCCCCACGGCUGUCCAGUUGGCCACAGCCCCUGCAUCGGGAUUUCACCUUGUCAGGAUCAGGCGGUACUGGAUAUCCUGACUCUGAAGCCCCAGGCUACAUAUGCAGCAACACCCAGCAUCAACCCUCACCACUGUCCAAGUGGCCACCGCCCCUGCAUCUGGAUUUGACAUCGUCAGGAUCAGUGAACUCCCAAUCAAUGUGCCCAGUGCUGUGCCCGGAUGCCCAUGGACAGCUGUGGCUUUCAGUGCCACUGGGAGAGAACUUCCUGUCGCAGCUGUUACAACUGGCAGGCCGGCCGUUCACCCCACCAAUGCUUCAGAAGUCAGUGGCUGAAGUCCAGCGAAUUGUUGGGCCUGCUGCUAAUGCCACCACGACCACCAAGGCUGAUGCUGUGCUUGGUAAAGGGCGUUCCGAAUCCGAAGCCACUUAGGACGUCCAUCGAAGCUGAUGGUAGGCUUGCUAAUGUCAUGUCGAGGCAGCUUCGGAAGACGUCUGUUGAGGCUGAUUGUGGGCUGGGUAAUGUCAUACCGGAGAAAGGCCCUGGGGCUCACUGGCUAGCACGUUGGAUAGUGAGCUAGCCAGGGAAGGUUCCAGCCUCACCUCAACCUUAAUUAAAAUGCCAUGGGGCUCCUCCCCGAUCAAUCUAGUUUCACUUAUCUAAGAAAAUUUGGAACAUCUAUGAAACUGUAGUGAAACACGAUUUGUAUAUGAAACUUUUUUGAAACAUAA